UGCCACUCCCCUUCCAGGAGACCACACCCACAGAACCUUCUAAACCCCGCCCCCAGCCCUGCGGCUGCAGCCCCGAGAUCCCCAGCUCUAAGCCCCGCCCCCUCACACCUGUUGAAAGGAGCGGAAAGAGGGGAAAGAGGAGAGGGGCAGCCGCCUCAGGAUUACCCACAAUCCUUAGAGCCAGAUCUUCCACCAGGUUACACCUAUCCAGAAAUCACCAUGGGUUACAAGGCUGGUCCUUCCCCAGAGGAGGCCCGAUUGGCUGAACAUGCUGAUCUGGAGGUGGAGCCAGCUGAACCCUGCCCUAAGCUCCGCCCACACACCACAGGGAUUGUGGAGAAUGAGGAUGCGGAAAAAGAGAAGGAGAAUGGCUGCACAGUUGUAGAAUCUAGUGGAGUUGUAGAAAGGGAACGAGAAGGAGCAGAGGUGGAGGGGCAAUCAGUAUCUGAGCCCCCACUAUUUGGCAGUGGAGUGAAGACUCUGAAAUGGCAUGGAGAUCCUGGGAAGAGUUGGCUGAGCUGGGAUACUGCAGAAGAACAGGAGAAGAGAGAGACAGGAAGUGAGGAUGUUUUGACCUUUGACCUGCGUAGCCUGGCGACCCUGGCUGCUGCCCGCAGUCUGGAGCUGGGGGGAGGAGCUACAGGGACGGGUGAGGGGCAGCAGUGUACCGUCAGAAGGACCCUCAACCUGCGACGGAAAUGCAGCUGGAUGCCUCGCCACGAGCCGGUGUGUCCAGUGAAGGCUGCCAUGGAGACGAUGGAUGAGGCAGAGCUAGCGAUGCGAGUGCAGCUAGCGGAGAUCCAGAGACGUUACAAAGAGAAACAGAGAGAGUUAGCCAAGCUGCAGAGAAAACAUGACCACCAGAAAGCAGAGACCUCUCACAGCCCUGUUCGCAGACGACCUGGUCGCCCCCGGAAACGCAAGUCUACCCCCGGUCCCAGCGCCUCAGAUGGCCCCAAGAGACUCAGGGUGGCGGAUGAGGAAGCAGAAGGGGGUGGAGAGAAGCGGAGGAAGAGGAUGACCAAUCAUGGCUUCCUCAAGAGGAGGAGAGGUCGUCCCAGCCUGAGCUCCAGACUAGCACGGAGGGUGACCCAGCUGAAGCAGAAGGCUGUGGCCCAGAGAGGUGCACCAUCAGGGGGCAUGCACCGCCACAGAGUGGACCCCAGACCUGGAGCCCACGCAAACUGCAGAGAGAGUGACACAGCAGCCAAUACAUCCAGUGCCCAGCAGGACUGGGCGCCCAAUCAGGGGGUGAGGAGGAGGAGGAGAGGUCGGCCAAAGGUCAAACUGGGCGGACCAUCGACCAGAGUCCUCCGCAGAGUGGGCGAGGCCUCUGUGAACCAGGAAGUGAACGAGGGGAAGAGCAACAGCYAGACCUCCGGCCAGGAGGAGGAAGAUGAGGGGAGCUAUGACAGCGACAAAGGAACCAAUGACGUCAAGAUGACGCCACCAUCCGCCAAAGACACGCCAAUAAAUACUGCUGCGAUUGGCCCAGCCGCUAUGCUUCAAGCCAAUCAGAAAGCCAGGAGCAAGAAGGAGAGGCAAGGUGAUGAUGCAAGCAUGCCCAGUGCGGAGCUGAGGAUGAGAGGAGCCCCCUGCACACCGCGUCCUGCUACUGCAGACCAGAGACGCCCAGAGCUCCAGGAGCCACAGGGGGCUAUGAGAGGACUGGUACCUAGCUGGAGGGCCUCAUCAGUGGGCAACAGCCUCCAGGACAGCAGGGGGGUCCAGGGACCUCUGGCGGAGGCCGAGAUGAAGAGCUCAGGACCCCAAAGRAUUCUGGGACAGAGGAGAGGCUGCUGGCUGGAGACUGAAACCCAGAGAGAGGACACCACCAGGGGCAGGAAGAGCAGGAAGAAACAGGCUAAAGGGCGUGCAGUGAGCCGGCUGCUGGAGAGCUUUGCGGCUGAUGAAGGAUUCCGAUUGGACGAGGAGAGCAGCUUCUCCGAGGGGGAGGAGGAAGACAUGGAGCAUAUAUCUCACACACGCAGAGCACCAGGUGCGGAGCCAUCUCCAGCCCUGCUUUCACCUGGUCGUCGUGGUCGCAGAAGCUCCACCCAGGACAGUAGAGACAAGCCCACAGAGAGACCAACCAAUGGGGAGGCAGGAGAGAGGAGCCAGGAGCGGAGACCAGUAGGACGACCCAAAAAGGUCAAGCCAGGGGCCAAUAGUUCCUCAACAACAUCAGAGAGUGUAACCAGUGGCAACACUUCCUCGUUAAGCUGGCCAGCAAAGAGACUUCCAGCGGACUUCUUCCUGUUCAACGGGACGUCCCGUAAAACCCACCGAGUGGGUCACCAGCGAGACUUGGGGGUGUUCCACCGCCCCGCCACACACCCGUUCGCCCCUCCUGCGCCCCUCAAGGGCAUCUUCCGUUCCCCAUUCGAGAUCGACUCCUUCAGUAGCAUCGCCAACGGUUACGCUGGAGCCUUCGGAACCGGAACCCAACGGCCUGUAACCACGGUUAUGCCUCUGGGGCUGAGGGACUCUGUCACCAUGACAACGGCACCCUCCAACAGGAAGUCGAGCGACAGGGACAGAAAACAGUUCCUGGUGAAGCUGGAUCACGAGGGUGUGACGUCGCCCAAAACCAAGAAUGGGAAAGCUCUGCUGCGUCUGGGUGGUGGCAGGGGGCACAAGGGUCCCUCUGCAGGGGUGGCGGGUGCACCCCUGAGGUACAUCCACCCUGCUCUGGUAGUGAAGGACAGGAAGAAAGGAGGAGGAGAGAGUGGAGUGUCCAGGUCUGAGCUGCUCCUGAAGAGGGCUCCAGCCCUCAGAAAAGGGCUCCCCUCAUCUGGUUUAGGAGGUCUGGGGGGAGAGUUUGGAGCUCUGGACUGCCCCAGCGACUGCCCCAGCUCUUACUCUGAGCUGGAUGAGGAUGAUGAUGAUGGAGAUGAAGAGGUAGCUCGGAGGAGAGCAGCAGCAGCGGGUGCGGGACGUUUCCUCUCCCGUCUCUCCGUCUGCUCCUCGUCCUCCUCCUCUUCCUCCUCCUCCGGUUCCCUCUCUUCCUCCUCCCUCUGUUCUUCCGACAAUGACUCUUCAUACUCCUCAGAUGAAGAAGGGUCUUCAUCCCUCCUUCUCCACAGAGCGCUGCUCCAGCAGCAGAAACACAAACACAGGCAGAGCUUGACCUCUAACCGCUUAACCCCUGACCCCUCCACAAACCCCAAACCUAACGCCGCCUCCUCAGCCUCUGCCCAACCACACGCCUAUGUUGCCAAGGCAGCCAUGGCCAUCACCGGAGGUUCAAAGGUGAGAGGAAGUGACAGAGGAGAGGACAGGAAAGAGUACACAUCAAAGGGAAGGACUAAUAGUAGCAGUAGCGCAGCCAAAAGCCAAACUAAGAGGAGAGAUGGUCCCGGCUCCAAUACACACACUUCGACCCCCAACACCCCAGCCUCCCAGCCCAAUCCUCCGAAGGACCACCCAGCAGCCAAGAGGCAGAGGAUGUUGUCACCGGACCCCCAUCCCAAUAUGUCCGCCCUCCUGCCGGGUCGCCAGCUGUGGAAAUGGUCUGGAAACCCCACGCAGAGGCGUGGUCUGAAGGGUAAGGCCCGUAAGUUGUUCUACAAGGCGAUCGUGCGUGGUGGUGAGACGGUUCAUGUGGGGGACUGUGCUGUAUUCCUGUCCCCCGGUCGGCCCCAGCUGCCCUACGUGGGGCGAGUGGAGAGCCUCUGGGAGUCCUGGUCCUCCAGCAUGGUGGUCAGGGUCAAGUGGUUCUACCAUCCCGAGGAAACACGCCUGGGGAAGAGGCACCACGACGGAAAGCAUGCUUUGUACCAAUCAAGCCACGAGGAUGAGAAUGACGUCCAGACCAUCUCACACCGCUGUCAGGUGGUCAACCGUGCCGAGUACGAGCACCUGAUUCGCAGACGCAAGUCAGGGGGCGGAGCUCAGGACCUGUUCUACCUGGCCGGGACCUACGAACCAACCACAGGCCAGCUAGUCAGCGCCGAAGGCGUGGCCAUCGUCCCCUAGCAACAACUAUGGAGUGUAAACAAAACAAAGCCUUCAAGAUGGCUACCUCAUCUCAUAGGGCUGGACCGAGCUACUGGCGCUGGUGUCAGUGAAGCAUGGUUCUGUCCAGAACUAGAAGAGUCCGGAAAGGAGGAUCUUCCUUGGUCUGGUUCUAGUUCUUGCUGGUUCUGGAUCUUGGUUCUUGGUCUUAUUUGGGUGUGGACGAUCCCAAACCCCAACAGGGAUAACAGCACUUUGGACCGCAGUGGAUUCUAUUAUCAGCACUGGAGUCAUCUGACCUGAAGAGGGACUUCAGUACUCUACUGACCUAAAACAAAGACAAACAGUGCCCACUCUACACUCUGUCUCCAAUAGUUGUUUUAUAGUCUGUCAUGGAGUCAAAGACUGUCAUAGACUGACUCUCAGGCAAUCUGACAAAGAGAGARUCACCAGGUUGUUGCUGUAAGUGAGAAUAUGUUGUUUUCACUUCUCAGCCUAUAGAUAUGGUUAUAUAGAAUACAUGAAAGAGACUGGGAGAGAGGGAGAACGUAAGGAGGGGAUGAGGAGAGCAGAGACUUUUCUCUCCCCCUUCAGGGUUUAAUGGUCUUACUGGUGGCCACACUGGUCUGAUGAUAAAUGAACAACGGCAGGAUUGAGAAAUCCCAACAGGACCAAAAACACUGUAGUUCUGAAGUGUGUGUGUGUGAGAGAGUGAGAGUAUGAGUGUGUUUGUGUGCUGAGUGGUUGUAAUGGAUGCAUUUGGUACUUGAAGAGCUGAGUAAAUAGUGCUUUAGCGUGUGUGUGUGUGUGUUUGCUUGUCUGUGCGUGCGUGCAUUGGUCUCUAGUCUAGACCUCACCAUGGAAAACCCUCAAUGUCUUUAACACUCAGAAAGUAAACCUACUAAACGUAAAUCUAUAAAUAUUAAUUAAUAUAUAGAUCGAUUUACUAACAGCUUCUUCUCUAGACAAAAAAAAGACAAAAAGGAUGAUUAUUUCUCCAGUCAAGCCAUACACUUCAAUACCUCUCAUAUCCUCCUAUUCAGGUGCAUAGAUGUACAGCUUAAUUAUUUGUCUAUCUCUGUGUGUUGUACAGCAUUAUGUAUAAAGACGUUAUGAUUAAACUGUACAUAGUAUACAUAUAUAAUAUACAUGAAGAGAGAAAUAUAUCCCUCUUUGUUGCUCUUUAGGUUGUGUUAUUUUUCAAAUACUUUUCUUUGAGUUGUUCUUUUGGCUUAGGGAGGAGGAGGUUUUAGUCCUCUCUUCCUGCACUGAGUAUGUGGUGGGGAUGGGAUGGUAUGGGGUCCAAGAGGGGUAAAGCUGUAAAUAUGCUACAAGGGAAGGGUUCAAGUCCCAUUUUUGGGAUUAGGGUGGAUUUGGUGACUUGGGAUGGAAGGGGAUGUUUUUAUAAGAAAAGUGGAAAAGGCUUUUUGUGUCCACAUCAUCAUUGGUCUGUUUUGUAUAUUUUUCAUAUAGGUUUUUAUUGUGUCUAUUGUUAUGUGCUUAUUCUCCUGAGGGGGUUUAACAGAUUAGAAAUACUGGACAGAAACCGAGUUUCUUCUAUUUGCUGAUCCUUAAAGAUCUAGACCGGAGAUUUCUAGAUGUUCUAUAUCUAUAUUAUAUUCCUAGAGGAGAUCUAUGUAGGUAUUUAUCUGGCCUCAAAAAAACUAAACCAAAGCGCAUCUAUGUUUACGCUUGAUCACAUUAGAAUACAAUAUGAAGAAAUAUACAAAUAUACAAAUAUUCAAUCUAAUCAAAAUUCCGGGAUCCUGCAAUCAUAUUGAAGUAAAAUACCUGUGUUCCCUCAUACCUGUUGGCAUAGAACAUCGCUUCACCACCAUGUUGCCAUGGGAGCAACGUUUUCUUUCUGCACAUUGCCCGGCUGUUGCACUUGAAGGCUCCAUGACAACCGUAUAUGACAUCACAUGAAAGUAAAGGACAAUCAGAGCCAAUCAAAAGAGGGUAAUAUAUAUUUAAAAAAAAAAGAUAAAAUCAAAAUUGUGCUUAAUCUUGUUCCUGCAUUGCCAAAAAUGUCUCUUUCUGUUUUUAAUAUUUUUAUUUUGCCAUUGUCUUUUUCCUGACUGUUAUGCAAGCCUGGGAUGACUGUGUUUUCAGUGUUGAGGUUUUUACAAGGAGAACAUUAAUGCCUUUUCGUUUGCGACAUACAUCGACUUUUUUAAACAUUGUUGCUGUUACACUGCGAAGCAAAAGCUUUAAAAGAAAUCUAAUGUGAACAUCCAUAUUAUGUUACUUUUUGUAGGUCUUUAAACACUUUUUUAAAAGCUGUAUUUUCCUAAAGAAACACUGGAUUCAGUUCUAAACAUCACAUUGGGUAAAGUGUCAUCAUCCUUGCGCAACCUGUUUUUGAGGCCCACUGGAAACAAUUUACUUUGUAGGGUUGAUAUAUACUUUGUAACAUUUGUCUCAGUCAUUGUUGGAAACAUGACUAAAAUAUUUCCCCUGUGUAAAAAACAAACAAAAAAGAAAAGUUAUUUAUCUUAAUUUUAUUGCCUUUGUGUUGCGUUUCAUUAAAAAAAACACUAAAAAUGA